AUGGCGUCCUACAACACAAGGCGGAAGACCAGGCUGACCUAUUCGUGGGUUGGCAGAGCAUUGCUGGAUCGAAAAUUGGGCCACCAAACCUACAAAGAAAUAUCUGUGAAAAGAGAAGGUUGUUCAACUCAGACUCAUAUCCAAGUUGGACAGUUCGUGUUGAUUGAAGGGAAAGAUGAAAAUCCUUAUGUUGCCAAAUUGAUUGAAUUGUUUGAAGAUGGUUCUGAACUCCGUUCCAGGAAACGUGCACGAGUACAGUGGUUUGUCCGAUUCUGUGAAGUGGCUCCCUGUAAACAGCAUUUCUUGGGCCGGAAGCCUGACCCACAGGAGAUUUUCUGGUAUGACAACCCUGCUUGUGACAACAGCAUUAGUAUUGAAACCAUCAUUGGCCCCGUUCAGGUAGUGGCUUUAGCAUCUGAUGAACCGAUCCCGACGCACCUGAAAAAUGAGAAAACAUUCUUUGUGAAACUAUCCUGGAAUGAAAAGAAGUUCAGACCACUGUCCCCAGAACUAUUCACAGAGUUUGAUAAACUACAAGAAGACAGCCCCAAGUGCCAGAGGCCCAGCACUAGCAAUGCAGAAAACCGUUCUUGGCACACAGCAGAAAAUACGGUCAAAAAGACAGAAUCAGGAUGUUCUACCUCCAGGUCGUGCCAAAUCCCCACCGCAAGGAAGAAGCUGGAGCUGGUCGGUUCCCCUAGGAAGCCUGACCCUGAGACAUCCCAUCACACUUCCGGGGCUUCUGUGGAUACGCCAAGAAAAACUAAGCGAAAAGCAGCCUUCUCAGAGCCCCCCUCACAUUCGAAGCGAUCCCAGCCAGAGGGAAUCAAGACCUCAUCUCCAGCUCUGAAAGCGCCCAAGAAAACUGGAGUGCUUGGACUUGAUUGUGCAGAUGACAAGAAAGAGGCACCUGAAUGUCACGUGAUCCUGAGAACCCGAGUAUCAGCUGUGAAAACCAUGGGGAUUAGUCAAGAGAGGAACCUUACCCCUGUCAGGGGGGGCCAGAGAUCCUCAGGGGUGCCUUUGGUGGCUCUGACACCAGAAUACAACAAAAAGAGGGAAGCAAAAGAACCAGAUGGCCAGAAUGAAGCUGCUGCUACUUCCCAACGCACCCGCAGAAAAAGUUCUCUCCUGACGAUGAAUCGGAUUAGGCAGCAGCUUCGAUUUCUAGAAAACAAUACAAAUGACCAAGAAGAGAAAGAAUUCCUGCCAGCAACAGAGGAUUCCGAAUCCAGCAGUGAGGAUGGAGAGGUUUCUGCUCCAUCCCUUCCAAAAAGAAAAUCCCACCACACAUCCAGGAACCCAUUGCCUUGCUCAGAGGCAUCUGUCCAGACCCCCUCCAGGACACCAAAGAAGACUCUCAGGCCUAGAACACCACAUCGUGCCACCGCCAAGAUUCGCAACCGAAGCUUGGCCGCCCAGGAGCCGGCCAACGUGCUGGAGGAGGCCCGGCUGAGGCUGCAUGUUUCUGCUGUGCCUGAGUCUCUUCCUUGUCGAGAGAAGGAAUUCCAAGACAUCUACAACUUUGUGGAAAGCAAACUUCUUGACCAAACUGGAGGGUGCAUGUACAUCUCUGGGGUUCCUGGGACAGGAAAGACUGCCACUGUGCAUGAGGUGAUACGCUGUCUGCAGCAGGCAGCCCAAGCUAAUGACGUUCCUCCCUUCCAAUACAUUGAGGUUAAUGGCAUGAAGUUGACAGAGCCCCACCAAGUCUACGUGCAGAUCUUGCAGAAGCUGACGGGCCAGAAGGCAACAGCUAACCAUGCAGCAGCACUGCUGGCAAAGCGAUUCUGCACCCGAGGGUCCCCGCAGGAAACCACUGUCCUGCUUGUGGAUGAGCUUGACCUUCUGUGGACUCACAAGCAAGAUGUCAUGUAUAAUCUCUUUGACUGGCCCACUCACAAGGAGGCCUGCCUGGUGGUCCUGACUAUUGCCAACACCAUGGAUCUGCCUGAGAGGAUCAUGAUGAACCGGGUGUCAAGCCGAUUGGGCCUUACCAGGAUGUCCUUCCAGCCCUAUACUCACAGCCAACUGCAGCAGAUUCUAGUGUCUCGGCUCAAGCAUUUGAAGGUCUUUGAGGAUGACGCCAUCCAGUUGGUGGCCAGGAAGGUAGCAGCCCUCUCCGGGGAUGCACGGCGCUGCCUGGAUAUUUGCCGGCGAGCCACAGAGAUCUGCGAGUUCUCCGGUCCAAAGCAGGAUUCACCUGGCCCAGUCACUGUGGCCCACUUAAUGGAAGCUGUGGAUGAGAUGUUCUCGUCAUCCUACAUCUCUGCCAUCAAGAAUUCCUCCGUCCUGGAACAGGGCUUUUUGAGAGCCAUCCUUGCCGAGUUCCAUCGAUCCGGACUGGAGGAAGCAACGUUUCAACAGAUAUACAGUCAGCAUGUGGCUUUGUGCCGAAUGGAGGGGCUACCCUACCCCACCAUGUCAGAAACCAUGGCCGUGUGUUCGCGCCUGGGCUCCUGCCGCCUCCUCCUCAUGGAGCCCAGCAGGAAUGACCUGCUCCUCCGGGUGCGGCUCAACGUCAGCCGCGAUGAUGUGCUGUACGCACUGAAGGAAGAGUGAAAGGAUU